GCCACCCAGCCCCGCUCCAGGAUCGUGGGGGGGUCACCGGCCCCCCCCGGCAGCUGGCCCUGGCUGGUCAACCUGCAGCUGGACGGGGCGCUGAUGUGUGGGGGGGUGCUGGUGGACAGCUCCUGGGUGGUCACCGCGGCGCACUGCUUCGCCGGGAGUCGCAGUGAGAGCUACUGGACGGCAGUGGUGGGCGAGUUUGACAUCUCCAAGCCCGACCCUGACGAGCAGAUCCUCAAGGUCAACCGCAUCAUCUCCCAUCCUAAGUUCAACCCCAAGACCUUCAACAACGACAUCGCCCUGGUGGAGCUGACCUCCCCGGUGGUGCUGUCGGACCGGGUCACCCCCGUGUGCCUGCCCUCCGACGUGGACCCCCCCACCGGCAGCCCGUGUCUGGUGGCGGGCUGGGGCUCGCUCUUCGAAGACGGCCCCUCGGCUGAUGUGGUGAUGGAGGCCAAGGUGCCCCUGCUGCCCCAGAGCACCUGUAAGAACGCCCUGGGCAAGGAGCUGGUCACCAACACCAUGCUGUGUGCCGGGUACCUGUCCGGGGGCGUCGACUCCUGCCAGGGAGAUUCUGGGGGUCCGCUCAUCUACCAGGACCGCGUGUCCGGUCGCUUCCAGCUCUACGGCAUCACCUCCUGGGGGGACGGCUGCGGGGAGAAGGGCAAGCCGGGGGUCUACACCCGCGUGUCGGCCUUCUCCGACUGGAUCCAGGCUGAAAUACAAAAGUCGUUCGGGAGCCGGGAGCCCACCUGCCCUGAGCUGCUCAAGACUUCUGAACUCACUGAAGACGAGCAGAGGUCAGAGUUCAGCUCUCUGUGCCGCUUCUACUCCCUGACCUGCCCGGCCGGUCAGUCCUCCAGCGCCUGCAGCCGCAUGGCCGAGGAGAAAUGUCUGACCCGCUUCAAGAAAUGCCAGCUGCACUCGUUCCUGCAGACGCUGCUGGACCUGCUGCAGAGGGCGGAGGACUACAUCAGGGACAAGGUGGACCUGACCUUCUUCACCCAGACCCUGCCCCAGCUAGUGGAGCACAUCUACAACACGGCCUUCACCCACACGCGGGAGAGGAGGGACCUGGGCCGACGCCUCAGCCUUCUACAAACAGCAGGGCAGCUAGGGGGCGCCGUGCGACCAGCCGAGCAGCAGAGGCUCCGGCCUGCAGCCGCCUCGCCAGCGUUGUUUGGGGAGGUGGGACCCCUGCUGGACGACUGGGAGAAGUACCUCACGGCUCUGGCUGAGGAACACACUGACCAGACCUCGGCAGACAUUCCCUCUGCGUCGCUAGCACAGGAGAACAGCCUGUUUGUGCAGGCCGAGGAGCCCUCGGUGCGCCGGCUGCAGGAGGAGUAUCAGUCCGUUAUCUCAGAGCUGCGCUCCAAACUGCCCUCCAAAGCCCCUCCCCCCGUCCUGGACCUGGGCUCCAUCUUCCCCGGCGAGGACUCUACUCCCAACAGAGCUGCGUUCUCCACAGGGUUCCUAGAAAGACUUUUGGAUCAAGGCGACCCCCUCUCAGCCACGGACUCUCCAGGGGCUGGACUCACGAUGGCCGCCCUGAAGGGGGUCGCCGGCCCAUCCCGGUCCCAGGACGGACCUGGGACAGAGGAGGAGGAACGCAAGGGGGAGUAUUCGUCGGGUCUUUCUGUGGAAGGCUCUCCGGAAGGAACAGGUCAAGAGGUCGUGUCUGAGGAGCCGGCUGAGGUCAGGAACCGGCAAGAACCCAAGACUCCGCUUCCCGUCCCGUCCUCCACGACGCUCGUCCAGACAGAAAUGGAGGCGGACCAAAGAGCCACGACCCCCGUCCCGGGACAGACCUCCCCCCUCCCCUGGACCGCCCACAGGAGACGCAGAAGCCCGAUACGCAAGAGGCAGCUAGGCGGAGCCGUUUGUCCCGGAGUGACCGAGUCCACCCAGAAUGUGAGACAAGUGAAAGACUCGUACCACUGGGUGCUGGCCAUCGCCAGCAAGAACCUGCGCAUGAACAUCCAAGAGGUGCUGGUGGAUCUCAGCACCAAAAACAACCGUGGUCUGUACCAGGCACGGGUCCGAGCGGUAGUGGGAGGGCGACCCUUGACCUUUUACAGCCUGGUGGGCCUGGAGAAUGAAUCCUUCUACCGCAGCAUGCCGCGGGUCAUUGCACUGGCGCUGGAGGCGCUCAAGACGUAGGUCUGAAGCGCCCCGGACACUGGGAGGAGCGACCCAACGAGUCACAUCACACACAGACAAGCAAGGGUUCUGCUGGCAACGACAAUGUCUUCACAUAGCUUCAGGACCCUGGCUCCUUCUUCGGGCCGGAGAUGUAUCCGACACCAGUGAAGGGUUCUCCACAAACAUUUCAUCUCUUGACUCCACAGAAUGCUUGCUGUAAUAUCGUGUCGUUUAGGAGCCUUGUUCUUGGACUGAAGUCAAAUCCCAACCAUGAAUGUAUCAGCGUGAUGAUUGAUCAUUGAUCACAGUUAAGCCACAGGUUAUGUGUUGAGGUUGGUGUGGAGAUGCAGCCGUUUCUAAUUUAAGAGUAUGUCU